AGUGAUUGCCAUCUUUAAAGGAAGAUAAGGGACAGAAUGAAGGAUGAAGAUGAGACGCUACAAGCUCUUUCUCAUGUUCUGUAUGGCCGGCCUGUGCCUCAUCUCAUUCCUGCACUUCUUUAAGACCUUAUCCUAUGUCACCUUCCCCAGAGAACUGGCCUCCCUCAGUCCUAACCUCGUCUCCAGUUUCUUCUGGAACAAUGCCCCUGUUACUCCCCAGGCCAGUCCGGAGCCGGGUGGCCCCGACCUGUUGCGGACUCCACUCUACUCUCACUCCCCCCUGCUCCAGCCACUGUCCCCCAGCAAGGCCACCGAGGAACUGCACCGGGUGGACUUCGUGUUGCCAGAGGACACCACAGAGUAUUUUGUGCGCACCAAAGCUGGCGGUGUGUGCUUCAAACCAGGUACCAGGAUGCUGGAGAAACCUUCUCCUGGGCGGACAGAGGAGAAGCCCGAGGUGGCUGAGGGCUCCUCGGCUCGGGGUCCUGCUCGGAGGCCUACACGGCAUGUGUUGAGUACGCGGGAGCGCCUGGGCAGCCGGGGCACCAGGCGCAAGUGGGUUGAGUGUGUGUGCCUGCCAGGCUGGCACGGGCCCAGCUGCGGGGUGCCCACGGUGGUGCAGUAUUCUAACCUGCCCACCAAGGAGCGUCUGGUACCUAGGGAAGUGCCGAGGCGCGUUAUCAACGCCAUCAACAUCAACCACGAGUUUGACCUGCUGGAUGUGCGCUUCCAUGAGCUGGGCGAUGUCGUGGACGCCUUUGUGGUCUGCGAAUCUAAUUUCACCGCCUACGGGGAGCCUCGGCCGCUCAAGUUUCGAGAGAUGCUGACCAAUGGCACCUUCGAGUACAUCCGCCACAAGGUGCUCUACGUCUUCCUGGACCACUUCCCACCAGGUGGCCGUCAGGAUGGCUGGAUUGCAGAUGACUACCUGCGCACCUUCCUCACUCAGGAUGGUGUCUCCCGCCUGCGCAACCUGCGACCCGAUGACGUUUUUAUCAUCGAUGAUGCAGAUGAGAUCCCUGCACGUGAUGGUGUGCUGUUCCUCAAGCUCUAUGACGGCUGGACAGAGCCCUUCGCCUUCCACAUGCGCAAGUCCCUGUAUGGUUUCUUUUGGAAGCAACCGGGCACACUGGAGGUGGUGUCGGGCUGCACCAUUGACAUGCUGCAGGCCGUGUAUGGGCUGGACGGUAUCCGCCUGCGCCGCCGCCAGUACUACACCAUGCCCAACUUCCGGCACUAUGAGAACCGCACCGGCCACAUCCUAGUUCAGUGGUCUCUCGGCAGCCCCCUGCACUUCGCAGGCUGGCACUGCUCCUGGUGCUUCACACCCGAGGGCAUCUACUUCAAACUCGUGUCGGCCCAGAAUGGCGACUUCCCCCGCUGGGGUGACUAUGAGGACAAAAGGGACCUCAAUUACAUCCGCAGCUUGAUUCGCACAGGGGGAUGGUUCGACGGCACGCAGCAGGAGUACCCUCCUGCAGACCCCAGUGAGCACAUGUAUGCUCCUAAAUACCUGCUCAAGAACUAUGACAAGUUCCGCUACUUGCUGGAAAAUCCCUACCGGGAGCCCCAAAGUACUGUAGAGGGUGGGCGCCGGAACCAGGGCUCAGAUGGAAAGCUAUCUGUUGUCAGGGGCAAGUUGGAUGCAGUGGAGGGCUAGGGCUGUGCAAUUUCACAGGGCUGGGCAGGCUGAGAUGAUAGCUAACCCAAUGUUGUGUUUUGCCUCCUCCUUAUCCUGGGGCUCUUGAGAGAGCCAGGAGAACUUGUAGAUGGUCCUCUGUGCUCAAGCCCUCCUAGAAUUAAGGGUCAGGCCUUUUAUCCCAAAACAGAAAAGAAAAAAAUUUUUUUCUAGUAGAGAAGAGAAAGCCCAGACAUCUAUGCAGCAUUUUGUCCCCAAGAGUGCUGUGGGAAAGAGGUGUUCCUGGAGAACAUGAGGUGGUUUUCUGGGGCUGGGAGUGCUAUGGAACUUCAGUCUAGUUGAGAGAAGCCCAUCUUUGACAUCCUGGAUUGUUAACCUGUAAUGGACAAGGAGCUAUACCAUGCCAGGAGUUCCCAGCAUCCUGUAAAUAACUGCAUUUGGGUCCAGGAGCAAGAAGAGACAGAAGGGAGGGACUAGAAAGUGCAUCUUGAUCUUGGCCAAGAAGCUAGGGAAGCACUGGAAAAUGGUACCCUGGAGAGAGCACACUCUGCUGCUUCCUCAGACAUGUUGGACCUAAGGAGUGAGGUCACGGAUGGCUGGGAGGAUGGCGCCGGUGGCUGUCAGUCCCCCUGCCUCUGUAAGGAGACAUGCUGGGGGUGCUGAGGAAUCUUCCUCUGUUCCAAAUAUACCCUUGAUGACUGUUGUCACUUUUCCUGUUGCUGUCUUGUGGAAGCUGCUUGCAAAGGACUCUGGGAGUCUCGUUCUCGGGGUGGGGCAAGAGCUGGAGACCAUAUGGACAGCCAGUAUGGUAGGUGGGACAAGAGGAGGAGACUGACAGAGGCCUCUAUGUCCCUCUCUCCCUCCCCAUCACUCUGCUGGCAUCCAGUUCUGUUUUACAGAAACCCAGAUAUAACCAUUCCUGUGCCACUACACCCCCACCCCUGUAAGAGCAGGCUAGGGGCCAGGAAGGGGCCACAAGGUUUUCCAGGGUCCAAGAAAAGACUUUAAGGUCAAUAGUUUAUCAACCCAUUCCUCUUAAUUUGCCUGUGUGGGGGUGCAGGAUGUAUUUGAGAAGAUGCUAAGCUCCUGUAGAAGUCCCUUGGCAACCAGUAAUUAAAGUAAGACCAGCUUGUUGCUAAGUAAAUAGUCUGGGAGAGAUGGUCCAAUGCCUGUUAGAUAGUCAGCUUAGAUUCACAUACAACUUCCAGGUCUGGAUAGAGAGGCUGCACCUGCUCACAUGAUAAGAGGAGGAUGUGUGGACUCUUUCCUGUGAAGGGCAGGAGUCAGAUGUGUCUGUUGCUUCUGAUAGCGUCUUACUGGUCAGGACUUAGCUGCAUGGCUAUAGGUAGUUGCAAGGAAAACUGGGAAAUGUAGUUUUGAGCAGGACUGCCAUGUGCCUGCCUUAAUUUGAGAGUUCUGUAUUACCAGCAGCACCUUUACAGGAGGGGUACAAGUGAUUGCUCAUGACCCUGCUCUCUUCCUAACUGCCCUGGGGUUGAGGUACAGUGGGGGCUUGCAGGAGUAUGGGAAGAGUGGGUGCCUCUCUCUGAGGCCCCCGAUGUUCCCUUGAUGCCAGUAUGCAGGGCUACCUGUGGAAUGGUCCGUGUUUGUGCGUGCGUGUAUAUUUAUGGGCAUGGGUGCAUGCUUGGUGUGUAUUGUACAUGUCUGUAUCCAUGUGUCCCUGUACAAAGAUGAUACUCACAUGUGGGUGUAGGAGCCUAGGCUUGGCUGUCCUCUUCCUCAGGACUUAGAUCUUAGAAUCUCAUCUCCUAUGACUCCACAAGAUGCCUGAGGUGGGAAAUCCUUGGGGGAACCUUGAAAGCAAGAUUAAAAGGGAGUACAGGGUCUGUCUGUCUGUCUCUGUUUUUCAGUCUGAGGAAUGGAAUCUUCCUAGCUACAGGGAUAUGCAGCUGAGAGCCCACCACUCCCUCAGCCCCUCUUGGCCCGCCACUUCCUCCUG